UCGUGCGCAGGCACUAUAGGCACCCGCCAUCCCGCUCGAGGAGCAACAGCAGCAGCAACUAGGCACGCUCCAGUCGCAAGCACCUGCCGAAGAACUGCUCCGAAUAUCGCAGCGCCUACACUCGACGUAAUCGCCAUUUCAUCCUAUAGGUCGGUCGCGUCAACCAAGCCGCAAAAAUGACUGAGAUGUCAGGCAUGUCGAGCAUGUCGGAAAUGUCCGGCAUGUCUGAGGUUUCGAUGUCGUCGAUGGGUGGAGGCACGACGGGAGCUGCAAGGUAAGAUGGAUGACGAUGGAUAACGGGAGACUGAACUGGAAGUAGACACCUACGAGAUAUGUUUUGCGCGAGACAUUGAAUCGAAAUACCGCGCAGCAAAACCAGCAUCUCAAAAUGGCGCGAGGGCGCCCCAGUAAACAUAGGGAAUGCUGAUAACAAAUCACUCUAAACGAAUUACUCCUUAUGAACAUACUGAAGUCAUCCACGCAUAGUAAACCCCGAACGAAAUGUAGUGGUGUAAUCCUGAAGAGUCAUGACGCGGUCACCACAGAAUGUUUCAUCGUCAGAGGACGUCGCAGUUCUCAUUUCCUAGAAUACUAUACGGUGCCAUUUUAAUGACAAAAAAAAAAGUACUUUCUAUACGCAGCGACGACGAGGAUAGGAAGAAGAAAGCUAUUGUUGUGGCUUCUUUGCUGUGCCUUCUCCUGGUCGGAGGCGUCGGACUCGCAGUUGCGGCUGGCGCUCGCGGCGGCGAUGGUGAAGACGUCGCCGACGACGACGCUUUUACAAAUCAAGAUAUUUAUGACCCAGCUUCACCGGCGCUCCCACCUAUUACGACGCCGUCGACAACUACGACUACGACUACAACGACAACGACGACAACAACGACAACAACGACGCCGAAGGCACAACUGUCUAUAGAAGGUCCAAUCUUGUGCACUGUGACCAUGGCAGAGCGGGACCUGAGCUUUCCUCCGGAUGCCCUGUGCGACCUGCUUUUCUUCACGCAUGUACUCUGUCAUCCUUCAACGCACACGUUCACCAGCCAGAAAAUGGACGCCUUCCAGAGAUUUAAGGCAAUGGCAGCACAGUUACAGAAGACCGAACUUGGGCUGUCCAUUGAUCAGCGAUAUACGAGCUUGUGUAUUCAGGCCCUGAAAAACAAAGGUGGGACUGAUGAUUUCGAGAGCCUCAUGAAGAAGAAUAUCAAGCACCACGGCUUGCUGUCCGUCACGGAACUCCCCGACAGUAAGGUGCUGAGCGUGCUUACGUUGCUCAGAAAUCUUCAACUGCAAGUAAACCCGGACCAGAAACUAGGACAGACCAACUUUCUUGUCAUUGGGAUAAGAGCAGACACUACAAGCGCAGACUUUAAAGCGUGGCUUAAACCUGUCAAAGGUACCAACUGUCACAUCGUCUUGCUUCACACGCACAUUUCCCAGUGGAAUAUAACUGCUUUGAUGCCCCCGUCAGGUGCCAGCAUCUGGGAUAGUACGACCAAUAAGCAGUUCAGCAUGGAUAACACCAUUAAGCAGAUUUCGUCCAGCGAUUUCGCGGAAGAUGUGGUGUACAUGAUGACUAUGACGAUGACUGUGCAGCUUUUCUACGGGUCGCCUCAGAUCACCAACCUAGCUAGCUCAGCCGCCGCAGAUUUUUCUGAGACCUGCGACACUGGGCUUUCACAUCCCAAGGUGGUACUUCCCGAGAACUAUAUUUUUGUUGCAAAAGAGUUCACCGACGGUUCGACAAAUAUCAGACUUUUCUACGAUACGGCUGCAACGAUGCAGAAAAAGUUCGACCUUGUAAAAACAGCGAUUGGAGCAAAAAGUCCGGCCAUCAAGAAUCUGCGAGGUUGGGCUUUCUUCGAUGUGGAUCGCGACGACCCCGGGUCUAUAUGUGGCCCAGCGUUCCAGAGGCUGUCUGAAAGCGUCAAAUACUUGAACCCUUAGACGGAAAAUACAUGGAAACUGUCGUCUUGCCCA